AGCCCAAGGAUUGAGAAUCUAAUAUGAGAUAUACAUUGAGGAGAGUAGAAGAUAGGUCAAAGUCUUUUGUGGACUUUUUGGGGAAGUUCACAUCCUUAAGCUUAGUGAUUGUUGUUGAAAUCACUAGUUCACUCUGAAAUCCAAGGUAAAAGAUCAUUUAUUAAGAUUUAUUAAUUUAAAUUAAAUAUUUAUCAAGUAAAUUUAUAAUUUUAGUAUGUAUCAUAACUAAUAACAUAAGAUUGUAACUUUGUAAGAUCAUGCAAUAAAGUGAAUCAAGGAGAUUAUUAGAUUGAAAAUUGUAAGAUCAGCUGCUUUUUUUAUUUCCAUCUUUACAGAAGUAAUUCCUUUUGUUUAAACUUGAUUGAAGAUCGAAGGAUGGUUCAGAGAGCUUGCCGGACAAUAGGAGUCCAUAGAUUAUUUUGGGGUCAAUUAUGAAAAAUAAAAUAAGAUUACAAAUGAUGUCAUAUCUGUGACGUUUGCAACCUUUUAAGCAUGAGCAUGUGCGGUGUGGCUAUCAAAACAAUUCUUUGUGGUUGGUAGACUAUGACUAGUUCUAUCCCCCAUGCUUUCCCAGUCCAAAACUGUCUUCAAAUAAUCUGAUUUAUUAGAAUAUUUGAAGGAUGACUCUCUUAUCCAUUUGGCUGCUGACCUCAUCGUCGAUGAUGAAGAUGACGCCAGGAUUACACGCGGAGACUGGACGAAGUCUAAUGCCUCAAGCUCAAGUUUUUAAAUAUAUUACAUUAUUGUUUUUUAAUAAUUUGAAUUUUUUGAACCGACUAAGCCGUGAGUAUCGUUCAGUCAAUGCUAUGUUUUUCAGACAUUUAAUUAGUGUCGAAAUUUCAUAGCAUGACUCAGGAUUCGUUACGUGUAGUCUUUAUCUACAACCAGUAAGUAUACCGUGAAACUUCCUAAGAAUUUAUUUGUGUCUGUCCUCACGGGCCAACGUCGACUUAGAUGAUUGACUCCGCGUAUGCAUCGGAAUAUAUGUAGUCGUCCAUUCCGGCUAUUAAUUCAGUUGCAAUCAAAUUACAAGGAUGAAGCCUAGUUCAGCAGAUCAUGAAACGAUUCCGGAGUGUAAUCUCGACCUAGAGCUAUUGAUCUCCGGUGACGAUGGUAUUCAAGUGCACCAGGCGAAGCUGCAGAGGAAGCGGAAGAAGGCAGCCCACGACGAUGACGGUAUGUUCGAGUGCAAGACGUGCCACCUCCGCUUCGCGACAUUCCAAGCGUUGGGCGGCCACCGGACCAGCCAUAUGCGCGGCGUCAACCAGAAGGCAGCCCGGCCGGUGAAGGGUGGCGUUGUGCUCCACCAAUGCACGGUGUGCGGGGCGAGGUUCACAAUGGGGCAAGCCUUGGGCGGCCACAUGCGCCGUCACAAGGUCACCGGUGGGUGGAGGAAGGAGGAGAGGAGGGAGGUGGAGGAGUUUGGGGUGGCUCCUUUGGAGGUCAACAUGUUCGAUGUGGUGCGGAAGAGCGCAAGUUCUUGCCAGCUCCUGGAAUUGUUCGUUUAAUUAGUUACAAGAUUCCAUGAAUUAGAUUCACAAUAUCUAUUUUAAAAU